UGUCAUGGAAGGGACAGCUGCCUCCUUCAGUGCUGUGCUCAGCUCCGCAUCUGUCACCUAAAGGGCAGCGCCUCUUGCUCUGUGAACAAAGAUGUGAAGAGAAGACCAUGCGCCCACUGGCUGGGAUAUGCAUAGCUUUGUGCGUGGUGAUCGUGGGACUGACAGAGGGGGACGACCCAUGUCUUGUCACCACCGACAACAAAAUCGCCACCUGUAAAGGUCAGAACCUGAACCGCGUUCCCCAGCACCUUCCCCACACCCUGCUCAGACUGGAUCUCUCGUAUAACAGGCUCAAAGAGAUCACCUCAGGGGACUUCUCAGCGCUGAUCCAGCUGCAGAGCUUGGAUCUGGGCUACAACAACAUCUCGCACAUCGCGGCAGAUGCCUUCGCCUCCAACGUCCUGCUGGAGGAACUCAGCCUAUUCAACAACUCCCUGCACCGGAUCCCCUCGCCAGCCCUGAAGCCUCUGAGGAAACUGAGGCGGCUGGAGAUGUCCAAUAACUUGUACCUCCGCUCAACUCUGGACGAGGUCUUCAGCACUCUGAGGAACCUGCAGGAGUUCUCCAUGGGGGGGUCUCUGAUCCAGACGGUUGGCAAGCGGGACUUCCUCCCGCUGAAGGAUAUAGCCUUGCAGAAGUUUGCCCUGAAGACGGCGUCCAGCCUACUGGAGUAUCAAAAAGGGGCAUUCUCAGUGCUCAACACCACAGCCCUGUGGUGUGACAUGGCCCUGGACAAGAAUCCCAAGGCCUUGCCCAUGAUUCUACGGGACCUGAGGGGUAAGCCACUGCAGUAUCUCCGCUUCCGCAACCUCUUUGAGUUCACCUACUACACUGAGUCCGCAGAUGUCUUCUCUGGCUUGGCUGAGGUGCAAGCCAGCAAGCUGGUCUUCUACCGGGGGAAGUUCAAUGAGAACCUGCUACGCCUGGCCCUGCUGAACAUCCAGAAGUCCCGCAUCCGCGACCUCUCCCUGAUGGCCAUUGACUUCGCCCGCUCUUCCCAGUGGAACCGCUCGGAAGCGGGCAUCGCCAACCUGACCCUGGACAGCUUGUUGCUGCAGGACAUCAGCAACCCCGACAUCCUGCGUUUCGACUGGACCUUCACCUGGUUCAGCGGUGUGACCAACAUCUCCAUUCUCAACGUCAACUUCAAUUUCGUGCCUUGCGACACCUGGGACGAGAUGCACAACGUGGUGACCCUGGAUGUCUCCAACAACCGGCUGAAGGACGCCUACAUCUACAACCAGGGCUGCAACUACCAGGGCGUCAUGCCCAAACUGGAGCGGUUCCUCGUGGCCAAAAACGAGCUGACCAGCCUGGGCAUAGUGGCUAAGUUCACAGUCAGUUGGCCUCGCCUGACCCAUAUCAACGCUAGCCACAACCACAUUGGGGGCCUGAAGGAGAUGGGGUGCCAGUGGAAUCCCAGCCUAGUCUGGCUGGCCCUGGAUCACAACACUGUUACCAUGGAGAUCUUCAAGUGCCUGCCCAUCACCCUUCACUACCUGGACCUCUCCUACUCUGAGCUGGACCGGCUGGAGAUGAGCUACUUUGUCCGCUGCCAAGACCUCCAGGAGCUGAAGCUUAGUGGGAACAAGAUAAAGUUCAUUCCCUCAGAGUGGAGAUGCCCCAGCCUGCGAAUACUGGCCAUGGAUGGCAACUCCUUUGGUGUCAUCAGCGAGGGCUCCUUUGUCAACAUGCCAGAGCUGACCAGCCUCAAGGCCGGGAACAACCCCUACCACUGCACCUGCGACCUCUACGGCUUCCUGCAGGAGACCUGGAGGAGGGGUAAGCUAAUCCUGCUGGACUGGCCCAGGGACUGGACGUGCUACCACCCUGAGUCCCUGCUGGACAUGGGUGUGGCUGCCUACACCCCGGGGCUGACAGAGUGCGACGUGAGGGUGGUGGUGGCCAUCUCUGUCUCAGUCACGGCCGCUGUGAUCAUUGCAGCCGUGGUGCUGUGCUGGAGGUUCGACGUGUUGUGGUAUCUGCAGGCCACCUACCGCAUCGUCCGGUCGAAGUACCGCGCCCGCCAUGCUCACCCCGCUCGGGCCUACACCUACCAUGCCUUCAUCUCCUACAGCUGCUCAGACGCUGACUGGGUGAGGCAGGAGCUGCUCCGGCGGCUGGAGAGCUCCAGCCCCCCCUACCGCAUCUGCAUCCACGAGAGGGACUUCACGCCAGGCAAGUGGAUCAUCGACAACAUCAUCGACAACAUCGAGAACAGCUACAAGGUCAUCUUCGUCCUCUCCCGCAACUUCGUCAACAGCGAGUGGUGCAACUACGAGCUCUACUUCGCCCACCAGCGGGCCGUUGGGCUGGGCUACGAGGAUGUCAUCCUCGUGGUGAAGGAGGCCAUCGAUCCCCAGAGCCUACCCAACAAGUUCUGCAAGCUCCGGAAGAUGCUGAGCACCAAAACCUACCUGGAAUGGCCUUCAGAGGCCAGCCGGCAGCCUUUCUUCUGGAUACAGCUCAGGAAUGUGCUGGGGAAACCGGGAGCAGCCGAGCCCAGCCAGGAUCGGGUCUCACUGGCUAGCGUGGAGUUGGGCUCGGAUGAGGUUGUGGAUAGUCCGGCUGAAGAGGAAACUGCCAUCGACGCCGUGGCUGGCCCUGCGAGUUAGCGGUCGCUUGGUCUCCAGCUCUCCGCAGUCUCUGCUCCUGAUUUACAUGCCUCACAUAGUGCAUUGUGCGUUCGCACACCUACGUCCUGCUUUGCAGAUGUGGUGGGAAGAACAUUGCUCCAGGUCUGAGCUGCUAAACUCCAGACCCAGAUUUUUUGGAAGGGAGCAAUGAUCUUAUUGGCCCAACUAGAGUCCCCUGUUAAAGGGGCCUCCUUGUUAGAGAGUGCUGAGCUCUCACCUUCUGAAAGUUGGAGGCACUUGAAAAUCCAGGUACCUAAGUACUACCUAAUGCAUCGUAUUUACCCACCAGGCAAUGGGACACCCUACGCUCCUGGACUGGGAGUAAGGAGCCCCCGUAUUCCAGGUCAAACUCUGAGAACAUAGCCAACCUACGUGUCCAUUGCUUGAUCCUGCCUCCUCUUGUUUCUCCUGAAGGUUUAACCAGCGACAGUAUUACCAGGCAAGUCGUAAUGGAAGGAUACAACUUUGCUAGGGCUCUUACACUUCAAUGUCUGAAUAAAAUUCAUCCCGUUGCAGCACAAGCCACUUACGUCCCAGCUGUUACGCGCUCGAGGACAUCAGUGCUGCGAGCAGCUUGCGCUGACCCUUUGCCUGAGUGAGCGGCACCUUCUGCGUAGGAGACGUUGACUGAAGUUUCUGCGCUCCAGUUGUCUAGAACCGUGGUUGCUGGGAUCAGUCCCCGCAGCAGCCAUAACCUGAGCUCUUCUGAUCACUAAAAGUGACUCAGAUAGGUCCUUUUAUCUGCUCCAGUUAUGCCUCUGCCAAGAAUCUGCUUAUUUUACUGACCUCCAACUCUCAGCUGCAUCGGCUCCGGCUGGGUUACGGCACAGCGAGCUGGAGUCUCAUACCAUGGACAAAACUGCCAGCAGAUUUCCGGUGGCAAACUCUUCCAUCUCCCCAGUGAUGUGGCUGCAUAGAUGAGGUCCCUAGUAGGGAGGGGAAGGGAGAAUUUGUGCUUGAAACUGCAAACUGAGCCUGUUGGAGCAGGAUUCGGGGAGCCAGAAUGGAGAAGAACAUAUUUCUGUUGUGUUUAUUUUAGGGCAGUUGAUUUUAAUCGCCGUUAACUCACGCAAUUAACUCCAAAA